UAAAGCGCCGUCUUUUGGACGCAUCUAUUUGUAAAGGGGAAGCUACUCGAUUUUACAAAAUAGUACACUCCCCUGUACUUGACAGUUAAUGGGCCAUCGUGUUGGAAAAAUAGUCUUCAAGGGUUGUAUAAGACAAUCAGCUGUAAGAUCGUCAAUAACGUCAAGUGCCAAAGUGAACACAAAAGGUCGUACAGCAAGUCAGCCACCAACAUAUCUCAGCCAACCACAACAGCAAAUUUCAUGUGCUAGAAACUUAAGUACAAAACAAUUCAUAAUGAGUUUACAUAUGAAAGCUAGAUGUAAGAUUUAUCCUCGAGAAAAAGAGGUUUUUCGAUGUCCAGUUCCCGAUGAUAAAGUGCCAUGGAGUGUUGAUUUUCUAGACUAUGAACCUGUAAACUUCACAAGUAAAAGUGUAUUAUCACAGCCUGUGUGGGCAGACCCUCCAGAUCCAAGUGAAAUUCGGGCAUUCAAUACAGUGGAUACAUCAUGCAAUGUGAACAGAAAAACUUAUGAGGGAAAGGGCUAUGAGGUUGUUGAUGGAUAUCCGAGAAAUCCUCGAGGUCGCACAGGAGUUACUGGGCGUGGAUGUCUUGGACGUUGGGGACCAAAUCAUGCUGCAGAUCCCAUUGUAACUAGAUGGAAGAGGGACGAGAACAAUGAAAUUGUGAUCGGAGGUGACGGGAAACCUGUCCUUCAGUUUGUGUCCGUACAGAGAAGGGACAAUGGUGAAUGGGCUUUACCAGGGGGAAUGGUUGAUCCUGGUGAGAAUAGAACGGCGACCUUGAUACGUGAGUUUGGGGAGGAAGCUCUCAACUCGUUAGAAAAGACAGAUGAAGAAAAACAAAAAAUUAAGAGAAUGCUCACAGAUUUAUUUGUUAAUAAAGGAGAAGUGAUAUAUAGAGGAUAUGUUGACGACCCUCGUAACACUGACAAUUCAUGGAUGGAGACGAAGGCCAUUAACUUCCAUGAUGACGAUGGCACUGGGGUGGGAGCUUUCCAGUUACAUGCAGGUGAUGACGCCCAAGCAGUUCAAUGGAAGGACAUAGAUAGUGGUCUAGAACUUUACGCAAGCCAUAAAGAUUUCAUCAAAGAAACGGUCAAACGAAGAAAUGCCCACUGGGAUAGCAGUCCGGUUUAACAAAAAAUAUAAGCUUUACAUUUAUUGAAUUCCAUUUUUAGAAAUCAGACCAUGUGACCCCACCUUACAGUUUAUUUUGAUCUGGUGGCAGUACUCUAAGAGUUUUCCAUAUCGUUAUAUUGUUGUGAAACUUGUCAUAGUCUGCAAUAACAAAUCAAGUUCGCACAUAGAUAUUAAAAUUGUUAUUAUGAUUAUUAUUAUUUUAUAUAUAUUAUAGAACAUUUUUUUAUGAAAAUAGAGUUUUAUUAUACAUAUAUAUUCAUGUUUAGAUUUCAAACCUACUCAAAAGCUGUUUUACUUCACAUGACUGUAAAAAAAUCAAAAAUUUAUACAUUGUACUUCCAGAAUGAUAUUGAUUUAAUGGUUGAAAUAAAGUGAUGUGGCAUUAUUGUUUUUUAUGCUAGAAUAGAAAUAUAACAGGAUUAGGUGAAUAAAAGUUUCAAAUUUUGAACUAAAAACGCAAGCACUAAAAACUGGUUUUGUAAGAAAGUUUGAUAAUGAUCAUUUUUUAGUAAAACAUUAUUAAUACAACAUUGUACUGUCCAUGAGUAAUGAUUAAUGUUUUUUUUCUCUCUGAGUCUGAGUGACUGAUAAUCUAUUGAAGUAAUCACUAUAAAUGAUACAGUUUAUCAUAUAUUUAUUUAUAUAUAUCAACAUUACAGUGCUAUGGCCUUUAGUAAAAUUUUCAUUGUAUCACCAUUUAAAAGUUGUAUGUUUGCUAAGUCUGAUACAUUUAAGUACAUUUUUUGGUGCAUUGGUACUAGAUAAUUUGUACAUAGGUGGAAUUUUAAUAUUUUUCUGUCAGACAUUUAUAGAUUUACACACUUGACUUGAAGUUUUAAUAUCAACACUACCACUCUACCAGUGAUAAAAGACAGAAACAUUUACACUUCAGUAUAGCUCAGUAUAGCGUUUUUAAUUGUCAUGUACAUGUGUUUUCGUUUGGCUGAGUCUUGUCAGCUUAAAAAACAUUUUAGCAAAAAAGUAAUCAAGAAAUGCUGAGUUCAUUUAUUUAUCCAUGGUUACACAAUCUGCAAUAAUCUGGGGGUUUUUGUACAUUAAAUAGUGUGAAUACACCAGUAUGUUGUACAAUGUUGGUAAAAGCACCAUUAAUAUACUGUAACCCAACGAAUAUUCGCGACCAAUUAAUAUUCGCUUUAUUCGCGGAUGGCCACGAAGCGCGAAUAUUUGUUUGCGCGAAUAAGUCCGCAUGAUUUCGCGAAUAAAGUUGGAGAGAAAUUAUUAUUUUAGACAUUGUUCAUGCAAAGCUACUUGACCGGA